AAAGAGAAACCCGGCCCGUUACACUCUUCCACGAUCUAUCCUUCUCCAAUCCUCCAUUUCUAAACCCUCGCAAAACCCUAAUUCUCCAUUUCACAAAGAAAAUGGCUCUCGCCAAACACGCACUUUUCACUCACCACCUCAAAACCCUACUAUCCAAACCCCAUUUCCUCCGCCGUCCUCAAUUACAAUCACCACCUUCCUUCAUCUCCCUCCGUCUUCUCUCCUUCGCAACCCCUGAAGAAGCUGCCGCCGAACGCCGUAAACGCAAACGUAGCCUCCGUCUUGAACCUCCGUUAUCCUCCCUACGUCAGCAGAAUCAACCUCGUCCUACUACACCUCAAAGCCCUAGCUCCGUUAACAACCCUAACGCCCCGAAAAUCCCCGAAACUGUCUCCGCAUUAUCAGGAAAUCGGCUUAAUUUACAUAACCGGAUUUUGAAAUUGAUUCGUGAGAAUGAUUUGGAUGAAGCUGCUUUGUACACGCGCCAUUCUGUUUACUCCAACUGUCGUCCGACUAUAUUCACUUGUAACGCCGUUAUGGCGGCGCUACUCCGGCAGUCGAGAUAUUCGGAUUUACUUUCACUUCAUCGGUUUAUUACGCAGGCGGGUAUCGGGGCGAAUAUUGUAACGCAUAAUUUGCUACUAACGGCGUAUAUGGAUUGUAGGAAAACGGAUAUGGCGAUGGAGCAUUAUAAGCAGCUUAUUAAUAAUGCUCCGUUUAGUCCUUCUCCGACUACGUAUCGGAUACUUGUUAAAGGGCUUGUUGAUAAUGGCAAGUUGGAUAAGGCUAUGGAGUUGAGGGAGGAAAUGUUAUCGAAGGGUUUGGUUGCUGAUCCGAUUGUGUAUAGUUAUUUGAUGUCUGGACAUGCUAAGAGUUUGAAUUCAGAUGGGAUUUUCGAGCUUUAUGAAGAAUUGAAGGAGAAAUUGGGAGGGAGUGUUUCGGAUGGAGUGAUUUAUGGGAGCUUAAUGAAAGGAUAUUUCUUGAAGGAAAUGGAGAAAGAGGCGAUGGAUUGUUACGAGGAAGCUGUGGGGGAGAAUUGUACGAUCAAGAUGAGUGCUGUGGCAUUCAACUAUAUUCUAGAUGCUUUAAGCAAGAACGGGAAGUUUGAUGAGGCGUUGAAGCUAUUUGACAGGAUGCUGAAUGAGCACGAUCCUCCAAAACGAUUGACUGUUAAUUUGGGUAGUUUUAAUGUAAUGGUGGAUGGUUAUUGUGCAUUGGGAAGGUUUAAAGAUGCGAUUAAUGUUUUUAACAGCAUGGGAGAGAAGAGGUGUAGACCAGACACGUUGUCUUACAAUAAUCUGAUUGAGCAGUUGUGCAAAAAUGACUUGUUGGGUGAGGCGGAGGAGCUGUAUAAGGAUAUGGGUGAAAAGGGGGUCAGCCCUGAUGAGUUCACGUUUGUUUUGUUGAUGGAUACUUGCUUUAAAGAAUCUAGGCCUGAUGACGCUGCUGCGUAUUUUAAGACUAUGGUUGAGUCUAAAUUGAGGCCUAAUCUUGGGGUUUAUGAUAGGUUGGUUGAUGGUUUGGUUAAAGUUGGUAAAGUUGAUGAAGCAAAAUCAUUUUUUGACUUGAUGAUGGGAAAGCUGAGGAUGAAUGAUGAUAGCCACAAGUUUAUGAUGAAUGCGUUGUUUGAGAUUGGAAAGCAUGAUGAGGUGCUUAAGAUUGUGGAUAGAAUGUUGAGGGAGGAUCCUGCGGAUUUCUCUGAUGAGUUGCAAGAGUUUGUUCGAGAAGCCUUGAGGAAGGAGGGUAGAGAUGAGGAGUUGACCAAGUUGAUGGACGAUAUCGAAAGGGAGAAGAAAGAAGCUGCAGACAGAGAGGCUGAAGCUGCCGAAAAAGCAAAGGCCAGUGCAAGAGCUGCUGUUUCCUCUUUGAUAAAUAGUCCUAAAUUGUUUGGAAUUAAGGAGCCCGAAGAGCAGUCAACAACUGCUGAGGCUGCCCGCACCAAUGAUGACAACAAACAAGCGGUCCCUGAACAAGAGGUGAGUGCUCGGGAAACUGCUGUCGAGGCUAGUUCUACUGGUGAGGGUGCAGAAUCUGAGAACCUGGUUGCUACAGAAGCUAGAAGUGAUGCUGCACUUUGAUCGCGUGAUAUAAUAUGUUGGUAACAACUAGUGAGAAACAUACUAUGUUUCUGUUCAUGCUGCCACAGUUUUAAGCACGAAUUGUGAUCCUCUUCCGAUGAAUUGCUACUGGAAAAUUGUUUGUAAUUUAGAUGGAAAUGAAUUGAAUGAUUUUUUAGAUCCUCUUUUAAAGUAAAUGGUGAGUAACAAUUUGUAAUGCAGCAA